AUGGUAGUACUUGAUUUAAAAACUGGUGAUGUCACAGACCGUAAAUUAAAGAUAAAUAGAUCCAAUAGCAAAAUUCCAAAAACUCAAAAACAAACUGGUAUAAAAUUCAAUUGGAUUUAUGAUUUGAAAGAAUUAGAUAAAAAUACUUUAGGUAAACCGGAAAUUGAAAUUGAAAAUAUACAAGAUAGAGGACAAUAUUUUGAUAAACCAGAAGGUGCUGUGGGAGUAUUAGUUCAAUCUAGUGAUGAACCAGCUGCUUUUGCUGCUUGGUAUGGUAAUAAUCAUAUUGGUGAAUGGAGUCUUUAUGGUGAUCAACCUGAAUCAAGUCAACAAAUUUAUUAUUUAUCUGAUAGUCAAACAAUCUUUAUUGGAUUAUUUUGA